AUGGCCGAGGUUUACGCUCGCCAGCAGAUCUUCGACCUGGCCAAGUCGUCGUAUGAGCGAGCAAUCGAGCUCGCCGAGGACGACGCAACCCGCGAGCGAUAUCAGGCGUCGCUCAAGACGACAAAGGAGGCUGAGGAGAAGGCGAAGAGCCAGAAUCAGGGUCCUCGUGCAGCCUCUCGACCUGUGGCUGAGAUGCAGCAGCGCCGGCGGCAUGGCGUUGUCGCUGUACUCGUACCGAGCCCUCCAGAUGGGCAUGAAGGAUCUCCAGGAGGACAUCAGGAAGAUUCCCGGCACCGACCAAUUCAAGAUCAACCCCGACUCGCACGCCCUUUCCCUCAUCCGGAGUGCCUCAUUGCGGACGACAUGACCUUCACGCUCGAGCACGGCGACGAGCCCGGCUUUCCGAUUCCCGACAAGAUCAUCACGCUCACUAAGGCGGAACUGCAGCAGGGCGGCUGCCUCAAGUACUUCACCAAUGCGAUUUGGGCACCGCAGGACAUGAUUGCCGACCUCAACAGCCGCAUCGCAACCGAGGGCCGUCAGCACAUCCGGAAGGCAACGUCGUCGCUGAUCCAUGAACGCAUCGUGUCGGCCGGCGUCCUCCGCUUCAACCCUCAAGGCGUCGCUUCGGCUGUCCACGACCUCAAGCUCGCCAUCGCUUUGCUCGACGAGGGCAACCGCGUAUGGUCUAACGAGCGUUUCGCCGACCGUGGCAGCACGUUCAAGCCGACCUUUGUCCGAAACGCUCGCGUCCUGCUCAUGCAGACGCUCGUUCUCGCGACGCGCGACAUGAAGACGGCGGCGGCGAAGCGGGCUUACAAGCCUGAGGACGUCGAGGAGAUCGCGAACCGGGUCAUUCGGGAACACCCGCCCGAGGAUUGGCACCCGCGCGAUGGCAGCACUAUGCGCGUCUGCUACUCAGCCUAUCCCGUCUGGGAAGCGUACCUCGCGAGAGGGUAUGUUUGGGGUAUCCGCGCGGGCGUCCCGCUGCUUGAGGUCCAGCCUCGCAAAUACGCAUUCGCCGACCUUACCGCCGCAAAAAACGCUGCCGAAGCUUACGACAAGGCUGCGGCGAUCCUGGAGGACGAGGCGCCCGACUUUACCCGGUACUGCUUCGUCCUCUGGUACGCCAUCCACUGGCGCCUGCGCGCGGGCGGUCUCUCUGUCCGCAAGCUCCGCUCUCGCGUCAACAAGGCGAAGGAGGCGACGGAAGAGACCAAGCGGUUCGUCGACGACAUCGAGGACAGCUUCAGAGAUAUCCGCAAGUUCUGCAAGCAGCAGCUCAAGAUCUUAAACGAGAGCUUGCCGAGUGCGCCGCCCGGCAUCACCGACAGGAACACGAUCAAGCCCAUUCCUACGCUCAACUGCAAGGGCUUGCCAAGGAGUUUCAACACGGCGUCGCUCAACGACCAGCAGGAGUUUGGACGUCUCCCCGGAGACAUCGGUUGCAUCGACCAAAGGGGCUGA